AGCAGCCAUGGAAGAGCCUGCAGCUCCCUCUGAAGCCUCUGAGGCACCUGGGGCAUCUGCGGGUGCCGAGGCAGCAGGGGAGGGUGCAUCUGGGCCUUCCCUCCGAACGCGCCCGGUCUUCCGGCAAUUUUCAGCUGCAGGUCCGGCCCCCCUCCGCGCGUCACGUCUGAGGCCUGCCCAGGCUGCAGGGGGAGGGGCUGGGCUCAGUCUCCUGCGGGGCCGGAGUGGUGGCAGCUGGACGAAGCAAGUCACCUGCAGGUAUUAUCUGCAUGGGCUUUGCAAGGAGGGGGAGAACUGUCGUUACUCUCAUGACCUCUCGGGCCGGCAGGUGGCCAGGGAGGGCCCUGGUCCUGCAGACCCAGGCCCUAGCACGGCUGCGCAAGCUGAGACCCUGCCUCAGGAAGUGGCGGAAGCCCCUCCCGCUGCAUCCUCUUGCUCCUUGCCUGUGAUUGGCUUGGCUGCUGAAGGGGGUUCCUUUGAAGCUGGGAGAGACAAUGCAGGCCUUGAAGCUGCUGGAGGAGCAGGUGCAGAAGGCUGGGAGAAUGCCAUUGAGUUUGUUCCUGGGCAACCCUACCGGGGCCGCAUGUUCCCUAUUGUUCCCAGCGCUCCUCCACAGAGCUCAGUGACUGAGAGGGAACAGAUUGCAGUGGGCAGGGGGCCGCCGCUUUGCCGGGAUGCUGCAAUGGGGCAGUGCUUUCGUGGGGAGAGCUGCAUGUAUCUCCAUGGAGAGAUAUGCGAUAUGUGUGGGCGUCAGGUCUUGCACCCUCUGGAUCCUGUGCAGAGGGAAGACCAUAUAAAGGCUUGCAUUGAAGCACACGAGGAGGAUAUGGAACUCUCGUUUGCAGUGCAGCGAAGUAUGGACAAAGUGUGUGGCAUCUGCAUGGAGGUUGUCUAUGAGAAAGCCAACCCCAGUGAUUGCCGCUUUGGCAUCCUCUCCAACUGCAACCACACCUACUGUCUUAAGUGUAUCCGCAGGUGGAGGACUGACAAACAGUUUGGCAACAGGAUCGUCAAGUCCUGUCCACAGUGCAGGGUCACCUCCAACUUUGUCAUUCCCAGUGAGUUCUGGGUGGAGGAGGAGGAAGAGAAGCAGAAACUUAUUCAGCAGUACAAGGAGGCAAUGAGCAACAAGACUUGCAGGUAUUUUGCUGAAAGCAGGGGUUUCUGCCCAUUUGGAGAGAACUGUUUUUACAAGCACGCAGACCCUGAGGGCCCAGGAGAGGAUCCUCAGAGGCAGGGUGCUGGGGAAUCCGGUGCUCACUGCAGUCAACUUUUGGAGCCUACUCAGGUGGGAGAGGGUGAGAUGCCCUUUAAAAGCGGUAAAAAAGAGCUUGUCAUGCUUCGGCUGGCCAAUCUGUUGUUUAAGUGUUUUCUUUCACUGGCAGAUGAUGAGCUUUCUUUCUCAGAGGACCAGUGGGACUUGCUUCAUUAUGAGCUGGAAAAUUUUUUUCAGUUUGAAUCUGUGGCAUUAUGCUGUGGCAUGUGGUCUGGUGUGCUAAGGCUCUGCCAUCCGCUGUUGCUUGUUUUCUGUUUGUAGUCACAUCUGUCAUUCAUAGAGGCUAUAGAAGCCAUUUUUAUAAAGCAUCCAUCUCUGUUUUCUUGUCCAUCCCCAUUUCAAGGUUAUGGUGCUUUACUGUGGUGAACUGUAACAAAAAGUCCUUAAAGUUAUUGUUUGAUGCAAUGAAUAUUACUGUAGUUUAUGGUUUAUUUUGUCAUCUCUGUUUUCAACAGGAUUGACUCAGUUCUAGUCUAGUGUUUACAGAAUUUCCACACUCAUUUUGAAGUCCCUCAAGAAUAAAUGUGACAGGGUGAAGGGAGAAGUCUUAACUGAACAAGGAGCUUUUUUGCUACUACAGCCUUAAGAAAUGGACCCUCGCAGGGCCUUUGUGGUACAACUGCUCAUCUUUGUUGUUUACAUGUCUGUUCCUUCCCUCAUUCCCCUUCAAGUGCACUCUUGAA